UUAUCUGCGCGCUUCCGUCACUGAGCCGCUGCACUGGCCACGGCCGCACAGGCCGCCAAAGGCCUGGGCCUUGCCCGAGAUUACACGCAUCUGCGAAAGACAGCUUUUACACGUAGUGCGUGUGCGACUGCACACCAUUUGAAACACGUGCGUCAGGUCACUGCAAAAACAUCAGGCUUCGUGACCUCUAGGAUGGCUGUUCAGCGGGAAACAUAAGUUCACGCCUUUUUCAUCGAACAAGCUUGGACACCUUCGACCAACCGUCACGAAUAAAUAUGACGCGAGGAGCCAUACUUCUCUGUGUCGUCACUGUCCUUACCAGCGCAGUGGCUCAGAGCCCUCCAUGGGCGCCGUCUAUCGCGAGGGCGGAGGAGCGAGUGCAAGAAUUGGCACAAAUUCUUGCUGAUGUCAAAAACGCCGUUCAACCACGGCAUUGUGCAGACCUUCUGCGCUCUGGUCAGAGUGCGAGCGGAGUGUACACCAUAUUCCACAAGGCCGCCGGUCCUUCUGGGCAGCGGGUCUACUGCGACAUGGAAACGGAUGGUGGAGGCUGGACGGUUGUCCAGAGAAGGGGACAAUACGGGAACAGGGUGUUCCAUUUCUACCGAAACUGGACGGAGUACUCCAGCGGCUUCGGGAAUCCAUCUGACGAAUACUGGAUUGGUAACCACGCUCUCCACACUCUGACCUCUGGUGACGAGGAGAUGGCCCUCCGCGUGGUGUUGAGCAACAAUACGGGAGACAGCGUGUUGGUGGACUACGAGAGCGUCCGUAUUGCGUCCGAGGAAGACCUCUUCAAAAUUAAAGUCGGCAAGCACCUGGGACCGGAAGGAUGGAAUGCCUUCACCGUGAAUGGCCAGAACUUCUCCACCUUCGACAGAGACAACGACGUGUGGCCGCAGAACUGUGCGGUCACAUUUCGCGGCGCCUGGUGGUACAGCGCCUGCCAUGCAGCCAAUCUGAACGGCCUGAACUUAAACGGCUACCACGACAGCUACGCCGACGGCAUCGAGUGGAGUGCUCGUGGAGUGGGCGUGCCUGGCGUACAGCACUACUCGUACCCCAGCGCCCGCAUGAUGAUCCGACCAGCGAAUUUCCUCCUAGGCAGGAAAAACAGCAUAACGGAGCCUCAAUUGUCAUAAUCGAAGGUCUGCCAUUGUGGAUGUAACGUUCUGGUGGAAUUGCGCUUCGUGUAGAAUAUUUUUUUACGGGUGGGCUUCAGUGCCGCCAUAUUGGGCUUUUGAACUGGCUGUUUUGUAUAUCUCACAAUUAAACCAACAGUGCUCCUGUAUAGUGUGCCGUGGUGGAGCAGUGGCAUUGGUGUUCGGCUGCUGACCAAAGAUCGCGGGUUCGUUCGCUGCUGCGACGGCUGCAUUUCGAAGGAGGCGAAGUGGUAGAGGCCCGUGUACAAUGCGAUUUCAGUGCACGUUACAGAACACCAGAUGGUCGAAAUUUUCGGAACCCUCCACUACGCCGUCUCUCGUCAUCGUAUCUUCAUCGUGGAACGUAGGGCCUCAGAUAUUAUGAAAAGGGCUACUGUAACAACACUGAAACUUGGUAGUUGCUUGUGCUUCAUGAUGGACCAGCAGCACUACAAAUUGACAGAGGAAAGAAGGUCACCAAACACAGAGCCGACUCACAACUAAUUUUCUUAUUAAGUUCAGAAGCGACACAUAUAAAAACAACUACUGUAUGCUCCCUGUAUGUGCUAAAUAGAGGAACGUUGAACUCCCCAUGUCAUAUGAGAGGGGUACAAUUGAUUCGUUUAGUGGCGGGUGUUGCAUCGGACCAAAUUGCAAAUGGGCGAACAUUAGGUUGAAAACACGAGAACUCACUGAACACCAGAUGGUGUGGUCACUUAGCUUCGCAUGCUAACAAUUGUGGGUGUGAAGCAAAACUCAAUGAGGUCUUUAUUUUGAAGAGACGUGGCAACUAGUUUGUUAGAGAGGUAAGGGAGGCUUACUAUAUUGCGAGAAAAUCUGAUUCAUGCAUCAAUGAAUCAUUGUUUACGUAACGUUUCGUGAUUGACAGUAUAAACUUUCAGACCAUUGGAUGUUACUGUGGUGAACAGCCGUCAUUUAUAUGAAAGGUAACACGCGAGCACGUGGACAACAACCUCGUGACGCACAUGUAUCGCAGCACAGUGGUGAAAUAGGCAAGUAAAAGGAGAAAGCGGUGCCAUUUCAUGUAUUGUCUCCCCUCCUUCUCGUAGUUAUCGUUUUUUAUCUAUUUAUGUUGUUAUCGCUGACUAAGCUGUGAUAGGAACAAUCCUCAUCGAAAUCAAUCAUUGUUCACUGCAAUGUCCCAACAGAAGAUGGAUAUCGAGGAGAAAGCGUAAAAUCAAGACACAUUCGUGGCGAGAGUGUAAUGGAAAAAAAAAACGAUGUCAGUUCCUCUUUUAUUGAUUUUUUUUUCAAAUUUCACCAAUGCAGCGCACAUUUCCGGCAUGAGGCUAUCUGCCACAAGCGCGCACGUUUCCCUUUGAUAAAAAUGGCGGCUGUACGACGUUUUUGUGCAUAUUUGGUUUCUCGUUGGUACACAACAAUUUUUUGCGGUUCUUCGAUGUGCGCAUGCGGGAAUCAUACGUUAGUUGUUAUGAAAUAAAGAAAAUCGUUUAUGAGGCA